GCCCGCUAAACAUCUCCUCAAUUAUAAGUCCGUCAUUUCAGUAAACGCUGAAAUUUUUCAUAAAGUUCAUAAUAUUUUAAAGGUUAACGCUUGUUAUAGCAAGUUUAUCUAAACUUUUGAGAAAUGGCGAGUGUUUCGUAUGUUGAUUAUGCAAGUACAAGUACUGAAAGUGCGAAAAUGUUGUCACCGAUAUCUGUGGACGUCAGUUUCGACAACAUCACUGUGACUCGGUCGACUGGAAUAUUUUGCAAAGGUCAGAAGCGGAUACUGAAGAAUGUGUCCGGUCUGUUCAAAUCCGGACAAAUGACAGCCAUCAUGGGCCCGUCUGGCGCCGGAAAGUCCUCCCUUUUGAAUGCCCUUACAGGCUUUUCACAAGAAGGAGUGAAAGGGACAAUACGAGCGGGAGAUAGAGUACUGAAAAUGGGCGAGAAGGACGAACAGCUAUUCAAAGAGUACCGUCGUAUGUCCUGCUAUAUCCUCCAGGACGACAGACUGAACCCAAUGUUCACUGUGAAUGAACUUAUGAAUUUCGCUGUCGACCUCAAACUUGGUUCCUCUCUGACGGAAGAAUUUAAACAAUCUGUGAUAAUAAAAGCGUUGGACACUUUAGGGUUGAGCGGGGCAAUAGAAACAAAAUGCUGUCGGCUGUCCGGUGGUCAGAAGAAGCGGCUGUCGAUAGCAGUAGAGCUAAUAAGCAACCCUCCAGUCAUAUUCCUCGAUGAACCUACAACUGGUCUGGACAGCCUGUCGACGCUACAAUGUAUCAAGAUGCUGAAGCGGCUGGCUCUGAAGGGACACACAGUGGUCUGUACCCUGCACCAGCCCUCCGCGAGGAUCUACAAAAUGUUCGAUCAGGUAUACAUUUUGGCGGAAGGGAUGUGCAUAUACAACGGCCCCAGCGAGGAGACCGUGCCGUAUCUGGCCAAGUUCGGCUUCAAGUGUCCCGUCUACCACAACCCUGCUGAUUAUGUUAUGGAAGUGGCCAACGGCGAGUAUGGAAAAUUCAAUGAGUUUCUCUCGGCAAACUGUCCAAAGAGGAUAGAGAAGGCUUUCCCGAUGGACCAAGUACACGCUGUGAAGAGGAGUUUCAGCAAAGAGAACCUACUAAUGGAUCUACACCACCUUCGGAUACUGCUCAAACGAGGACUGGUGAACCACCUACGAGAUUGGACGGUAACGCAACUGAAGAUCCUCCUGCACUUCCUGGUGGGUGUGACGCUGGGGCUGGUGUUCCAGCAAGCCGGUGACGACAGCUCCAAAACCUUCAACAACCUGGGCUUCUUCCUCAUAUCGGUCGUGUAUGUGUGCUACACCUCGCUUAUGCCGGCGGCGUUGAGGUUUUCCGAUGAAAUACCAGUGUUGAAAAAAGAGAAUUUUAAUAAUUGGUACAAAUUAAAAACUUAUUAUUCUGCGAGUAUUAUACUGGGGAUACCGUUACAGAUAAUAUUUAGCAUAGCGUACACUCUGCCGUCGUAUUUGAUCACGGGGCAGCCGAUAGAGAUGUAUCGCUUCGUGAUGUUUGUGCUGGUGCUGACUGCUCUGGGGAUACUGUCGGAUGCGUUGGGCAACCUUAUUGGCACCUUGGUCAAUCCUAUUAACGGCACAUUCUUCGGCGCCAUCUCGGUAGCGGUGAUGCUGCUGCUGGCGGGUUUCUUGGUGCUGAUCACGGACAUGCUGUACGUGAUGCAGGUGCUCUCGUACGCCUCCUACCUGCGGUUCGGCUACGAGGCCCUCGUGCUGUCCGUGUACUCCCAUGGCCGGCCGUCCAUACCCUGCCCGGAGACGAAGGACUACUGUCACUUGAAGUCACCAAAAGAAAUUCUGAAGCUUCUGAGUUUCGACGCAAACAACUACUGGAGGGACGUCGGAGUGCUAAUCGCAGAAAUUUUUGUUAUAAGAGUUAUCGCGUAUUACGCACUAAAAUAUAAAAUAGGCAAAUCUAAAUGAAGUAUAGGCUUAAUUUAGGUACAAAUAUGAAAUUAGUUUAAGGUAAUUUAUAUUAUGUAUUAUUAUUUUGUAUUUAAAGUUACCGUUUGCGUCAGGGAGCCUAGUUUCACGAAUCGAAUGUCUGAUCCUAGUCUGAUCGCAAUAAUCGAAACUAUUUUCGAGACAUGAUCCCUGUAAAGAUCCAAUUUCUAUAGUUCUGUGAUGGAACGCUGUGAGACAUUUUCGAAUGUGAAGUUGAAAUACCUUUUAAAGUCUGUCAAAAAAGUUAAGAAAUUAAAAAGUGGCAACAU